CAGAUUAUGUUGUCCGCCCCGGAUGAGACGCAUAGGGUGCACGGACGUCGUUUCCUUGGCAACAACAUUACGUUCGCUAUUUACCAUCCACGUUAACGACUUGUUUCAACAACAUGGACAUCCAGGAGCGAACAGAUAUCCGGAGCUGUGCAGGCAACAUCGUGGACAUGGUCGACAUGGACGAAGAAAACUUUGCUAUUUCCAGUUCCUCAGCUGCAGACUCUGCUUUCGAUGCAGUCAUCGGCUGCAUAGAGGACAUCAUCAUGGAGGAGGACUUCCAGCAGCUUCAGCAGAGCUUCAUGGAGAAACACUACCUGGAGUUUGACGACUCUGACGAGAACAAGCUCAGCUACACGCCCAUCUUCAAUGAAUAUGUUGACCUGCUGGAGAAACACCUGGAGCAGCAGCUGAUGGAGAAGAUCCCUGGAUUCAGCAUGAACAUUUUCAUAGACCUGCUCAUGCAGCACAAAGACGAGGUGCCAGGUGACAUCUUUGACAUGCUGCUGACCUUUACUGACUUCAUGGCCUUCAAGGAAAUGUUUCUGGAAUACAGAACGGAGAAGGAAGGCCGAGGUCUGGACCUGAGUCAAGGACUGGUGGUUACAUCUCUGGUCUCCAAACAGACCACUGGAUCGCAGUGACACGCUCACAUACUGCGUCUAACACUUUGUAUUGCCUCCUCCUUCAUAUGUUUAUGGAAAGUUUUGUUCAUGGGCCUUCAGAAAGUCGUUGUCAGGUGUUUUGUACUCCGAUGGAAACACUAAAAUUCUACAGUCUGUGCACAAAUGGCCCCUAACAGCAUAUCCAUAUAUGCAUUCCUCUGUGUUUCAUGUGGUGGGUGGGAUGCUGCGUGUGUUUGCGUGUUUCUAGUUAAAGUGUGAAGAUGGAAGUUUUUUAUUUCUACUCCCCAACCACUGCACAUAAGGCUUGUUUAACUGAAAUUUUCAGAUGAUACACCUAAUCCUGAUUUUACAAUAAUCCUUGUAUUCAGACAUUAUUCAUACAUUUAUUAGUUCGGCAUGGUUGGGGUGUUGAAACCCAAAAUUCUGGUGCAGGUAUUAGAUUUGUAUUUGUGUUUUUCGGGUCCUUAUGGAAAAUGCAUUAACAAAUCCCCUAGCCCUCUUUGUUUUGUUUUUUUUUCAUAAGAGAAGAGUAUAGCAGAACUAUAUAGAAUAUAUGUUUUAUGAAGUUUUAAAUUAUUUGGUCAGUUUGAAAACUUGUGCCUGUGAAAGUGAUUUUUAAUGUAUAAAGUGACUGUGUGUGUGUGUGUGCACACGUGUGCGUGUGUGUGUGUAUGCGUGUGUCUGCGUUUAGAAAUAAGAUCUACAGUUUAGUUUUCAGUACAAUGUCGACGUGUUUUCUACUUGUUCUAACAUGACAGCUGUAAAUGUAAAAGUAUAUUUAUGUCACUGAAAUACUGUUAGUGAAAAGGUAUUUUCAAAUAAACGAGUAAAAGCCGUACAAUGAUAUCAACAAGCGCUUUGUUUGAACACUUGACCUCAGGAUUUCAUUAUAGCAAAUCAAAUUCUUGG